GUUUAUGACUGACGCGGCACGUCGGGAGCAGGAGACCCUGAAGAAGAAGGCCACGCCCAAACUUUCCCUGUCAAUCACAGGUGGCGUGUCUCGGAACAGCGUGGCCACGCCUCCACGGCACAGCAACGGCAACCUGACUCCUCCUGUGACUCCUCCCAUCACACCGUCCUCCUCCUUCCGUAGCAGCACGCCCACAGGUAAGAGAAAGUGGACACUUCAGAUGUGUUGCCUUUUGCCUCUUGUGGUCCUGUGUGGCUCACUGGGUAGAACGUGGUGAUUGCAACGCCAGGAUUGUGGUUUUGCUUACCCCUGGGUUCACCCAUACGAAAAUGUAUGCGCGCACUACUGUAAGUCACUUUGGAUAAAAGCAUCUGCUAAAUGCUGUUGCCUCUAGUGUUCUAGUCUGUGGGUCAAUGGAACGAAGGUUACUCACGUAACCACGGUUCAAUGAACUAGGGACUAUGCUAGUCACUCAAUGGAUAUCCUUCCGCCUGGCGGCAGGAUGAGUCGAGAUAUUAAUAUCAGAGUAAUUCCGUGCCACGGGUGUGAUGCGUGUGCCCCCACCCCCUAUAAAUACCUGGGCGCGUAGCGUCACUUCCUCGAGACUCUUCCCAAGGCUACAAGGGAACCGACAUCUGGACUAGCAAAGUCCCAAGCAUAUAGAACCAUGGUUACGUGAGUAACCUUUGUUCUAUUUCGCCUGAGGGACUAUGCUAGACAUACAUGUUAUUCAAUCAUUGCAUCCAAACUGCUCGCGCGUCUACGUAGCCAGGUGAUAAAAUAUAACUUUAUUCUAUUUGUGAUGCUUCACGUGCUGCAAAUCCCGCCUCUCCCAUCUCCUCAUUGGUUUUUAGGAGCAUAUACCCACGUGGGUGAUUGAAGGAUGAACUGAGGUCCACACUCCAGUCCAGUUGGUGGUGGUAAUGCACCUUUAAAGUUGGUUGCCAACCGCCAUAUAAAGUCCAAAGAAGAAGAAGACCGAAGGAGGAGAGAUUACUAGAAACUAACUUGGUUUUCCCUUUUAUCUGUGGAUUAAUUGUCAGAGUAGAGGACCUUGUGCAUUUCAGGUAAAAUAACAACCCAAUGUUUAUAUCCCAGGACAAAUUAGCUAGCAACAGCAAGCUAGCUAGCUAAAUUGCCAUGAAUGUUUAAUGCUUUUCGACCUGUCCCCAAAUUAGUAUAGUUGGUUCAGAGUUCAUUUUGAUAUUUCAACCUGCGUGUCCUGAUCGUGUCUGGUGUGGAUGGACAAAAUCAACAUGCGCGCGAUGGCAUACGCAGACGCACGGUCUAGUGAGCAUGUGAGUCCGCUCCACACUACGCGUUUAGGGAGUUUUUCACACAGGACACAGAGCGCGUACAUCAGCAUCAUGAGCCCCAGGGGGCAAUGUUGUUAGACCUGCUGGUUAUAACAUGUUUAUAAAGUCCGUUUUGUUUAUAAAUUCAGUUGAAUUUAAGCAACAGCCACUAGUCUCUUGUAUGCCAGGUCCAAUAAUAUCCCCUUCACUUUCAUGCACAUAUUACGUGUGGCAGCUGUAAUCAGCCAGCCACAUCCCCUACCAUUCUUACUCACCUGCUUUUCUCCGUCCACUCUUCACGCACGUCUAUUCCUCCUUCAGUAAAAAAAAAACUAAAAUUUAGCCGUGAUGGUGAGCGGGAUGCAGACCCAGACCCUCAUGAGUCUUCUGUUGUUAGAUUUGUACAUUUGUUACAUUGGAGCAUCGCGCAAAGCGAGCAAUGUUGAUACAUUGUAUCAUUUCAUCGCCUGUUAUAACCAAGAGCACAGACCAGUCUGAGUAGAAUUUGCAAGUACACUGUCAUGCAGCCUCAGAAUGUCAGAGAGGGAAAUGGGAGCGCCGCUUCGCGACAGGCAUGCUUGCAGAUUUACAGCAAAGCAAACGGCUUGUCUCUAGCCUAAACGGUAAAAAAAAAAAAAAGACCCAUAUUACCGGAAAUAACUUUUUUUCUUUCUAGCGGCAUUCGCGCAACGUUGUUAAGUCAUGUUACCUAGCUAGCUAACAACCUGGUAACUUGACAGUAGGUUUAGGCACAUCUGAUUGGCCCAGGAAAAAGGAAAAGGGUCUGCUACUCAUGAGAUGUGCUUCAAAGGUAGGAUUCAUAUAGGCCUAAUGGAAGACUAAACUAUAUCAACAAAUAUUUAUUUCUGGUGCUCCUUCAAUUCUGUUUGAAAGUUGGGAGCAGUGUGUUUGUGGGAGAGAGAGAGAGGGGUGUGUGUUUAUGAGGAUGAGGGAGACAGAGUGAGUGUGUGAGGAAUGGGGGGGGGGGGGGGGGGGUGUGUCUGUGUUAACUGAAGAGUAAAGAAGGUUUUAUCAUUAUCAUUAUGCAUGUAUAUCACAGGGGGUUGGUGGCACCUUAAUUGGGGAGGACGGGCUCGUAGUAAUGCUUGAGUGGAAUGGUAUCAAACAUAUGGUUUCUAUGUGUUUGAUGCCAUUCCAUUUGCGCUGUUCCAGCCAUUAUUAUGAGCCGUCCUCCUUUCAGCAGCCUCCACUGAUUCCUUCUUCCCAUUCCUCCAGCCAAAUCACAGGUAGGCCCUCAAGCGAAAUAGAACAUUCCUAUUGUGAGUGUUCUAGAAGGAUAUCCCAUUGAGUGACUAGCGUAGUCCCUCAAGCGAAAUAGAACAUUCCUAUUGUGAGGGUUCUAGACUACAGGCGUGUUCUAGUGUGUUCAGUAGAGAGAGCCAGUGUUCUUGCAGUGUGCAGUGGUCCCAGUCAACACUGGUAAUUACAUACCAGCUGUCACACUGUUCGCAUGUGUGUGUGUGUGUGUGUGUGUGUGUGUGUGUGUGUGUGUUUCAGAGCCCUAAAGCAGAUGGUCCAAUUCCUGCCCAAAUAUUUGCAUUUACACACACACACACACACACCCUUGUUGAAAUCCUUUUAACAUGUGCCAGGGUGCCAUCCAUUUCCUCCUGCUGAGGUCCAGCAUUUCCUGUGUGAUGGUGGGGGGGUACAGUGUGUGUGUGUGUGCACACGCACAUUGGGGAUGGGGAUUGUGAGAGUAGGUGUGUGUGAGUUGUGCACUUACUAAAUCAGAGCAAUGAGGAUACCUCCCAUUUAAUGAUCUGUUUCAGGGAGCCAAACCCCACCCCCUGGGUGCCCCUGACACACACAAAUACUAAACCCUCCUCUGUUCUAGUUUCAUCACAAAUUCCCCCCUUUCUAUGCUCAUUGCCCCUCUACUCGAGACAAUAUAGUCAUGUCCCCAUGACACGCAAACUGAUGUGUGUGUGUGUUCCCCCUUCAGGCAGUGAGUAUGAUGAUGAGGAGGUGGACUAUGAGGAGUCAGACAGUGAUGAGUCCUGGACCACAGAGAGUGCCAUCAGCUCAGAGUCUAUCCUCAGCUCCAUGUGUAUGAACGGAGGAGAGGAGAAACCCUUCGCCUGCCCUGUGCCUGGCUGCAAGAAGAGAUACAAGGUGCGGUACACACACAGCCCUAGCUUAUGUAACAGUUCCUAGCUCUAUUCUUCUGCUACACACUAGACUCUAUAUAUCAGUUCAGUGUAGCCUAUGAUCUGAGUUCUGGAGGUUUUCACUUCAAUACAGGAUCUGAGGAGGAGUUUCCUCUUGCAAUGUCAAUGUUUGCAAUGAUGUUUCUGGAUGUUGCUUUUAGGGAUCCUCACCAAGAUCAUGUAAGAUAGAUUAUUAUUGUUCUUUUUUUAGGAGUGGGGCAGUCCCACUCCUUUCGUAUUUUAUUCUUUAUUAGAUAUGACAGUAAAAGAUUGACAGGAAAGGUAGGAGGAUAAGGGAGGCUAGAACAGCAGUCGUCGGAAUCAAAACCCACGCUCGCACAGGUACAUGUAUUCUGUAGGCAGCGGCUUAGAUCGCUAGACCACCCCAGGGGAAAUUCAUAUCUGUUGAUGUAUUUGUUCUCCUGCUAAUCUGUCUCUCCCCCUCAUUCAGAACGUAAACGGUAUUAAAUACCACGCCAAGAACGGCCACCGGACCCAGAUCCGUGUGCGGAAGCCCUUCAAGUGCCGCUGUGGGAAGAGCUACAAGACGUCCCAGGGCCUGAGACACCACACCAUCAACUUCCACCCGCCCGUCUCCGCCGACAUCAUCCGCAAGAUGCAGGGCUAGAGAUUCCCCCCC